AUGGCUCCCAAGGUUUUCAUUGUGGCCAUCCUCGUAGCGGUCGCCUCAGCUCAAUACAUUCCUUCCUACAAUUCUCCACCUCCCUCCUACUACCCUCCAACUCCCUCUUACAACACUCCAACUCCCUCCUACUACCCUCCAACUCCCUCUUACAACACUCCAAGCCCCUCCUACUACCCUCCAACUCCCUCUUACAACACUCCAAGCCCCUCCUACUACCCACGAACUCCAUCAUACAACACUCCUCCAACGGACAUUGCACAAUACCAGUUCCAGUGGGCCGUGAAGGACGACUACUCCGGCAACGACUUCGGCCACGACGAAACUCGUAAUGGCUACGACACUCAGGGAUCCUAUUACGUCCAGCUUCCCGACGGUCGCUUGGAGAGCGUCUCCUACACUGUGAACGGUGACUCCGGCUACGUCGCUCAAGUGGAGUACCAGGGCGAGGCUCAGUACCCAGCCUACCAGCCUAGCUACCAGCCCGCCCCGACCUACAGGCCCACUCCAAGCUACAAGCCUGUACCGUCCUAUGGACCCACUCCAAGCUACAAGCCUGUACCGUCCUAUGGACCCACUCCAAGCUACAAGCCUGUACCGUCCUAUGGACCCACUCCAAGCUACAAGCCUGUACCGUCCUAUGGACCCACUCCAAGCUACAAGCCUGUACCGUCCUAUGGACCCACUCCAAGCUACAAGCCCAUACCGUCCUAUGGACCCACUCUAAGCUACAAGCCUGUACCGACCUAUAAGCCCACUCCAAGCUACAAGCCUGUUCCGACCUAUAGGCCCACUCCAAGCUACAAGCCUGUACCGACCUAUAAGCCCACUCCAAGCUACAAGCCUGUACCGACCUAUAAGCCCACUCCAAGCUACAAGCCUGUUCCGACCUAUAAGCCCACUCCAAGUUACAAGCCCUCACCCAGCUAUAGUUAA